CUGGAGGAGUCCCAGUGUUAAAAAAGGUCCGGGAGAAGUGUCAGCGGCCGGGAGUGGGACCCUGCAGCGCAUUCUUUCCCUGCCGGCGACUGUCCCCGCGGCUGGGCGGGCUAGGGCUGGGGAAAUGUUGCAGGAGGAGUCGGACCUGUCUCUCGUCAUCGCCCAGAUAGUCCAGAAACUCAAGGGCUCCAAUUUGUACGCUCAGCUGGAACGGCAGGCCUGGGCCUGCCUCCAGAGACCUGAGAUCAGACUUGAGUCACUCAAAGAAGAUAUUAAGGAAUUCUUUAAAAUAUCAGGUUGGGAGAAGAAACUUCAGAAUGCUGUCUAUAGUGAACUGAAUGUGGUCUCUAUUCCCUGUACUCAGGAGGCAGAAGCAGGUGGAUUUCUGUAUCCAUUGCCCAGUCAUCCUUCUGCACCUCCCGAGCAUCUCAAAGAGCCUUUGGUCUACAUGAGGAAAGCACAGGGAAGUUGGGAAAAAAGAAUCUUGAAGAGUUUAAAUAGUAUGUGCACUGAGCUGAGUAUCCCACUGGCACGAAAGAGACCAGUUGGAGAACAGAAAGAACUCCUGAAUAAAUGGAAUGAAAUGGGGACUGACGAGCCAGAUUUAAGCCUUUUUCGGCCUGUUUAUGCUCCUAAGGACUUUCUUGAGGUAUUAAUUAAUCUCCGCAACCCAAAUUAUGAAAAUGGUGAUUCUCUUAGUUUUAGGACUCAUUUGGGUUUAAUCCAAGUUCCUCUGAAAGUAAAAGACAUCCCUGAAUUGAAAGAAUGCUUUGUAGAACUUGGCUUAACGACAGGACAACUGGGUAUAGAUGAUUCUACACAAGUGCCUCCUGAACUUUUUGAAAAUGAGCAUGUACGUAUUGGGCAAAAAGUUCUGGUGCAGCAGGAUAGCGCCGCUGCCCAGCAGUACAUCCGACAAGGGAGUCCCACGGCACUGAGAGCUGAGCUCUGGGCGCUCAUUUUGAAUAUUUCCAGUCAGCCUGAGGACAUCCUGUAUUAUGAGCAACUUAAGACCAAUGUGAUACAGCAUGACCUUUUGGUGGACAGUCUAAUUUAUAAAGAUGUGAAGCUGACAGCAAGCAAUGAUGAUUACUAUUUUGUAUUUGAAGAUUAUUUAUAUCAGGUAUUACUUUGUUUUUCACGGGAUACGUCUGUACUGGGUCAUUUUGCAUACAACAGCGCUUCACCACCGAAAUCCUACAUCAGAGGAAAGCUAGGACUGGAAGAAUACGCUGUCUUUUAUCCACCGAAUGGUGUAAUCCCCUUCCAUGGAUUUUCCAUGUAUGUCGCACCGCUGUGUUUUCUGUAUCAUGAACCGUACAAAUUGUACCAGAUAUUUCGUGAGAUGUACGUCCGCUUUUUCUUCAGACUCCACUCCAUCUCCUCUCAUCCUUCUGGUAUUGUGUCGCUCUGUCUGCUGUUUGAAACUCUUCUUCAAACCUAUCUUCCCCAGCUCUUUUACCACCUGAGAGAAAUCGGAGCUCAGCCACUUCGUAUAUCAUUUAAGUGGAUGGUUCGAGCUUUUUCUGGAUACUUAGCUACAGAUCAACUCUUGCUUUUGUGGGAUAGAAUCCUAGGAUACAACUCUCUGGAAAUUCUUGCUGUGCUGGCAGCUGCCGUGUUUGCUUUCCGAGCAGUGAACCUGAUGGAGGUGACAUCACUGGCUGCAGCUGAAGCAGUUCUGGCUGACCUUUCUACUUUAAAAGUUAUGCCUCUUCUUCAAAUUUUUCUGUUUGCCACUGUCACCUGAUCAUCGAGGUCACUGACAGCACAUCUCGUUUUUCAUUAGAAACUAAUCAUGAACUAUGCAAACUCUGCAUACAACCAAAACUAAACGUUGCAUAUAAGCCAAUAAAGAUCAUGUUCCCUCCUCAGUUAAAGCUAAGAAGUUUUUCACUUUUUGAAACAAUAACCCUUCACACCAAAUACUGCGCUUGCAUGCUGAUGACUGUCAACAGAGAAGCAAUAGACAUCUCUUCUACUGAACCAAGCAUCCUACAUGCACAGAUUCCUCACUUGUAACGGGCACAUACCAUAUAUGCAAUAAGAGCUAAAGGCACUAUAAUAAACGUCAAGAGGUAGCACAGCUUCUUGUUAAUUUGUAAACUUCUCCCUAGAUAUAGUUCUAUUUAUCAAUUGCUCCCCACUAAAGCCAAUGAUGGGAUAGGACAUGAAAAGGCUUGGAAGCAAUCAUGCAUUUGAGUGGGAAUUCAAUUGUGCUUUGGUACUGUUAAUUAGCUUUUAAUUUAUGAUGGAUUUUCAGAUCCUUCCACUUUAUUUCUCCAUUAAAUAUCUCCAUUUGAAAAUUUAUACAGAUAUCUCCAUCCCAUACUUUUUGGGACAGUUUUAUAUAGCCCAGGCUGUCCUCAAACUCACUGUGCAGCAGAGGAUGACCGAAUUCCACAUCCUCCUGCCUCCAUCUGCCAAGUGCUGGGAUUGCGGGUGUUUUGCACCACUGCCUCCAUCUUAUAAUAUCUUACUCUUCACGCUGGAAGUCAGAAAUGUAUAGAGGGCUCCCUUUGCACUCCCUAACCUUACGUCUUUCACAUAGAAGCCUGGACACUGCUGAGGCAUGGUGCCAGAGUCUGUCUCCUUGGAAGAAGGAUGAAAAUCACAUUGGCUAUGCUGAAGCUCAGUCCUUCCAGAUUGACUUGUGGAGCAGAACAGCUCAGAGACACAAGUGUUCCUUCAUUCUAGAACUGAAGCCAGUAUUCAAGGGAUUGGGUCCUACUUAGUGUUCAUUAUGAGCAAAAGUUUUGUUUUAUAUUUCUUUAAAGAUAUACCAUUUCAGUAUAUGGAAUAAUAGGAUGUGAAAAAAUAUUGUCUUCUAAUUUUAGAUGAAAGUUGAAGAUGCUAAUCAUUUUAAUAAAACUCAAAUAAACCAAUAGAUUGA